AUGAAUAUGUUGGAUGAUGAAGAUGACCAAAGCUUUCACGCUACGCGUGACGGCUACUCCCAUUUGAGCGAUGUCGAAUGGGAUGCGGUCGAACGAAUGGGUUCAACCAUGGGCAUCCAUGCUGUUAGCGUCAUGCUAGAGGCUCUCAAUAGAGAUGCCCAACAUGCUACUAUCGCCAAGUUCAUUCAAAAUGAACUUGACGCAGAACGCGAGAAAGUAGCCUUGCUUCACCAACAAGGUUCUCAACAAGCUGAGUUGUUGAGAGAACAGGGUGCUCAACAAUUUGAACUGUUGAGACAGCAGCAGGCUGCUGCUGGUGGGUCGAUGCACUCGCGUCGACCCGAGACCUUGAAGAUUGACAUCGCCAAGUGUAAGGAAGUCGAAGGGGACUCCCUCUUGAGAUGGUUCGUCGAAUUGGAUGACGCCAUAAGGGCGCGUCGCAUCGACGACGGGGAUAUGCAAGUUGCAUUUGCCCAAUCAAAUCUGGCAGGACGUGCCAAGACUUGGGCACUGGGGCUCAAGUUGCACGACCCAUAUGCGUUUGGGUCGUUGGAAGUCUUCAAGUCGCGGCUCAGACAAACGGUUGAACCGCCUAGAGCUGAGUUCAGAGCUCGAAUUGAACUCUUGAAGCUCAAACAAGGUAAGCGUGAUGUGCACGCUUACGCACAACAUCUACGACAUCUCACGAGUUGUAUAAGUUCCAACCCGGUUGAUGAACACACGUUGGUUUCGGUGUUCAUGCAGGGUCUUGCGGAUGGUCCCGUCAAGACUCACCUGUUUCCGACUUGA